UAUUCAAGAUAGAGCUGCUGAAGAUGCAGUUGUUGAGGAGUUAACCAUUAGCACUGACAGUAAUACAGCGGGAGCUUUUGCUCCUAAUCCUGCAAUGCCCAAGCAACAUCCCAGUUCAUACAUGAUAGAAGAUGAGGAUUUAUCAGAAGCAGCUAGCAAACUUACAGAAACUGAUGUUGCUCAACUAUUAAAAAGAAUGGGAUUGCAUGAUAGUGCUGAAUUUGUUCAGACAACUGGAAUCAGUGGAGACAUAGUCUACUCCCUUUUGACUAUGCCAUCACCAGAUUUAAAAGAACUACAAAUACCCAACAGAAUUUAUGAACUGAGGUUCCAGGUUCAAUUUAAAAGACUUUUAGAGAAAAAGGAGCUGGAGCAUGUGUUUUCUUCUGAACUGUUAGCACAAUUUUUGAUGGAGAAUAAACGAUUUAGUCAAUAUGCAAAGGUCGUUCGAGAAAAUGAACUUGAUGGAGAAAUGCUGUUGCUUGCAAGUGAUGAUGUUUAUCGUGACCUUGGCAUUUCAUCACUCUAUCAGGUUUUAAUUAAAAAAGAACUUGAAAAGAAAUUAAAAGAUUUUUAAAAUCAUUGUUUUAUG